CUCCAAGCAUUCGCGGGAGCAAUACGAGAAGCUUUCCACCAUGCACAAGAACAUGCAGAAGCUAUAUGAGAGCCUGGGCAGCUACUACGCCUUCGACCCCCACGUCCUCACCGUCGAAGACUUCUUCGGUGACCUGGCCUCCUUCCGCAUCCUCUUUGUGGAGGCGGUGAAAGAGAACCACAAGAAGAGGGAGAUGGAGGAGAAGAUCAAGAGAGCCAGACUGGCCAAGGAGAAAGCAGAGCGCGAGAAGCAGGAGCGCCAGCAAAAGAAGAAGCAGCUGAUUGACAUGAACAAAGAGGGAGGAGAGAAUGAGACAGGUGUGAUGGACAGCUUAAUGGAAGCCCUGCAAUCCGGAGCGGCCUUCCGCGACCGCCGAAAACGAACCCCGCGCAACGGUGAUCAAAGUCCAUCCAGUCCUGCCUCUCGGUGGCCAGGUGCUAACCAUGGUAACACAACCAAUCCUGUGUCUGUUUAACCCUGAACCUGCUUCUAUGCUGCACUGUACUGCACCACCUCUACUCCUGGCUGUGUAACUCAUGUGGCUUCUUCUCUCUCCUACUGAACCAGAGCUGGUGCACUCUCUGACAGACUCCUACACUGAUCCAUAACUUCUCUGAUUAUUUCUGUGGCGACAGUCAAUUAGGUUACAUAGUAUUAUCUUGUUUCGGUCUGAUAUAGGCUUAGUUGUACACCCUCAAUUCAGUGGUGAUAUCAACUUGACGUGGUUACAGACUGAUUAGAUUGAUUUGAAUGGUUUGAUUAGGUUACAUAUAGAAGAUUGAUUAUCUCAAUAACAGGAAUGAAUACACAGUUGAAGUCAGAAGUUUACAUACACCGUCGCCAAAAGAUUUAAACAAUUCCUGACAUUUAA